AUGAGUGAAUCCAGCACCAAAUCCAGCCAGCCCUUGGCCUCCAAGGGGGAGAAGGACGUGUCGGAGAAGAGGGGCCGGGGGCGACCCAGGAAGAAGCCACAGGAGCCCAGUGAGGCCCCGACCCCCAAGAGACCCCGCGGACGACCCAAGGGCAGCAAGAACAAGGCCACCCCCAAGGGCAGGAAAGCUGCGGUCACACCAGGGAGAAAACCUCGAGGCCGACCCAAAAAAUCACCAGACUGGGUGAGGGCAGAGCAGGCAGCAAACAGGGGAGAGUGA